AUGGCCCCUCCAAGCCCAACACCACCGGAGCAGCCAUGCUACCUCCUCAAGCUCUCCGCAGAACUGCGCAAUCAGAUGUGGGCUCUCGCCUGUCUUCCACCGCGACUCACGGACAUCGAACUCGGCUUCCCUUCACGGGACCGCCGCAUCUCGCAAGCUACAGGCUUCCGGAGAGAGCAACCAGCAAUCACUCGUGUAUGUCAGCAGAUCCGCAAUGGGGCCUUGCCGCUCUUCUACGCAAAUGGUCCCUUCACAGUCUUCGGCCACGGUACUCACAUCCAGAGCAGGUUUAACGACUGGGUGAAGGCUAUCGGUGACAACGUGCACCAUAUCGAACAGAUUACCAUCUCGACAACUCUGGAUGAAGGCUUCAGUGGCUUCCGGGUUCACGUGACGCUCUCAGUUGAAGGUGGCCAAGUCGUGUGCAAAGCAGUGCCAUGGAUUCACGAACCGACCAGGACGUGA